GGAAUAAAAUGCGCUAUAUCAACCAAACUUUUCUUUUCUUUUAGGAGCUUGUGACAAGAAAAUCCCCUUCCUAGCCUUGGACACAAAGCACUUACACCUGUGGAGUUUACAGUAACAGUGGUGACCAGUAUAGACGACAAAGUUUGUGGGGAAUUCCCAACUGUGAAUAUGAGGAAUUGUGUGAUGGAGUUCAUUGCUCAUUAAAAAAAAGUGUUUUCAGCCGACCACAGGUACUGUAACUGUCAGUUGAUAAGUGAAACCUUGUCGUAGGUUGGGGCAUCAAAACGUGUAUGGGAACAGCCACGUCAGAUUGGCACAUGGGCUGAACAAAGACAAGAUAUUAUCAGAUAUGCUGUUCUGAAUUGUAUAUAAGGUGAUGCCUUCCUCUGCCCCAACAGGCUUCCUUGAUCUCAUUGAAGAAGGUAAGACCUUUGACACUUGGAAGAAAUGUCCUUGCCCUAAAUUCUAGCUUUUCAGGGUGUCAAGAAGCUUGAUUGUACUGCUUACUUCAUCUCCUCAACACCUCAGUGCCGUUCACUGCUGGAACAAUGAGGAAGCUGAUCUUGGUGGCUGUGAUCCUUCAGCUGGUGAUUACAGUCGACAUAAAUGGAUUCCAGUUUGGAGAUAUCAUUUCUUUCAAACCCAGUUGUAAGACGGUUUUGGGGAAAAGCAUUUACUACCAGCACUAUGCUGUCUAUGUGGGCGACAGACAACUCCCUGGUAAAAAAGACGGGCAGAACAUAUUUGAACGCAUAAACGAGAAGCCUUCCUGUGUUUUCUCUACACUGGACAUGACUAAGGAGCCUGAGGUGUUCAAUUACCUCGAUGGAUACAAGGACAAGAAAGGAAAGGAGUACAAGGCAGGAACUGAGGAAGAAAUGACCGCGCGCAUCAACAAACGAAAAGCCAACUGUUGGCCGUAUAAUUUCUUGGCCAACAACUGUGAACACCUUGCUACCUAUGUGCGUUACGGAGUGAGGUUUGCACUGCAGUACAACAUGACUGGUGAAAAACGCUGCAUUAACAACCCCUUCAGAAUCCGUGCAAAAGAUGUGCUGAAGUUCUUAAGGGAAAAGGAAGGGUGGCACAACAAAAAAGAUGUGCUGAAGUUCUUAAGGGAAAAGAAAGGGUGGCACAACAAAAAAGAUGUGCUGAAGUUCUUAAGGGAAAAUGAAGAGUGGCUCAACAAUGUCGCCGGCUUACAAGUAUUCCCUCAAUUAACCCUGUCAGUGUGUCUUGCUCUCUUCUGCAUUUUCCUUAUGUGAUAGUCAGGGGCCAUUAAAGGAAGUGGGGCGAUACAUUCCUUAAUGUAGAACUGGGUCUAACAGCACAGGAGCAUCUGCAUUUUCUACUUUGAUACAAAUGUUUGAGAAAGAAUGUCAACACAGGAUGUUCUCACAUAUUCUCACACAUCAAGCUUUUUUUUGCUCUAUUAUAACCACAGAGCUUCUUCCCAUAACCUUCUUUGUCCUUUCAGUUCUGUCACAACCAGGCCUUUUCUGCUCAGCAACAGAAGUACAUAAGUACCUUCUGGUUCCUCUGUUCAUUAUCUCACUCUUCUGUGAUGUACUGAACCUUCUUUGCGCAAAGAAUAAAGACUUAAAAGACUUUGUUGACUGAAGCUUUA